AUGUCGCUACCCACAGCUGCUUCUGCGAAUGCCGCUGCAUCAGCACGGAGAAGGGGGCCCAACUUAAACAUAGUUGUAUCAUGCCCGGAGUGUAAGGUGUAUCCGCCAAAAGUUGCGGAGCGUUUUAGCGAGGGGGACGUUGUUUGUGCUCUGUGCGGUUUGGUCCUUUCCGAUAGGAUAGUGGAUACACGUUCCGAAUGGCGUACAUUUUCAAAUGACGACCAAAAUGGUGACGAUCCUAGCCGUGUUGGUGAGGCCUCUAAUCCACUUUUGGACGGCAACCACUUGUCUACAAGAAUAGGCCAGGCCCAGGGUAGCGAUAUUAAGCUCAUGCGUGACCUGAGCCGUGCCCAGAGUAAGAGUAUAGUCGACAAGAAGGAUAACGAACUACAAGCGGCCUACGCCAGGAUCACCAUGAUGUGUGAUGCAGCGGAACUGCCAAAGAUCGUGAAAGACUGUGCUAAGGAAGCAUACAAAAUCUGUUACGAGGAACGAGCAUUGAAGGGCAAGUCCCAGGAGAGUAUCAUGGCAUCCGUUAUCCUAGUAGGGUGUCGAAGAGCUGAGGUUGGAAGAUCCUUCAAGGAAAUUUUGUCUUUAACCAACGUCAGAAAGAAAGAAAUUGGGAAAACUUUUAGCAUCAUAAAGAAUAUUCUGAGGGAAAAGAACGCCAACGGUUUUGCAAAUAUUGAUACAACUACAAUUUCGUCGGGUCAAACGUCGGCGGAAACUUUUAUCCCCAGAUUUUGUUCACAUUUGGGUCUCCCAGUUCAAAUUGCCAAUGCGGCUGAGUAUACUGCCAAGCAUUCCAAAGAUAUUAAUGUCUUGGCCGGUAAGUCACCUAUCACUAUCGCAGCUUCUGCCAUCUAUCUGGCUAUCCAGCUGUUUAAGGUGAACAUCUCUGCCACCCAAGUGUCUCAUACACUGCAAGUAACAGAGGGAACGAUAAAAGGUGGCUACAAAAUACUUUAUGAGUAUAGAGAUAAGGUAGUGGACCCUCAGUUGAUCACUUCCGGAAAAAUCAAUUUGGAUAGCCUGUCAAAGGUCAGCGAUAAGCUCGAAAAGGCAUCUGACUAG